UGAGUCUGCUGCUGUGCGCACGCGAGAGAGUGAACCAGUUGGAUAGGAUGAAGACGCGUAGCCCGCGUGGGAACUGCACGGGUUAGUUUGCACCGGCGAACUCCGCUUGCGCGUCAGCAAGACUUGUCGUCACAUUCUGCUCGCAGGACAACAUUUAGCCGCACGAGCGCAAAAUCCGAACAUCUAUUUCUCUUAUCCGCGCGCAGUGACGCCUCCUCGCUGUCAUGUAGGGGCUUCAUGUGAACGCAUUACUGUUGACCGAUGGGACACAAACAGAGGGUCACUCUCGGUGUGAGGAGGCAACGCGAAGAGGAUCCGCCGUGUUUACAAGGAGCGAAAUAUUUUGGAGAAGAAACAACGCGAAUAGUGGCCGCACUCUCGGAAAAGUUCAGUUUUAGCCGCAGGGGAGCAGGUCGAAACGCUUAUCAUAUCUAACAGGGAAUCCUGCCUGAGUGUUGCGCGUUGCUGGUAUCGCGUCUGAAUAAACCGUUUACACCUGCCUACGAGGACCUUAAGAACUCAAACCUGACAGAAGAUUAUUUGCCGAGGAUUAACUGCUCAUUUGAAUCCAUAAAUAAAAAGGAUAUAUCGCCUGUAUUAAUAAUAACUCAUCUGGAACUGGAUGAAAAUGUGGCAGCGAUUCAAAUGCGCGCAGAAUUCACCCGCUUAUUUCGAGUUGUAAGUGCUGCCCUGACCAUCCUUUGGGUGCAUAUCUGUUGUUUUUCAAACAGAGGUCUGUCACCCCGGAGCGGAGCAUCCGGACAGCUGCAUCUGGAGCAAAGACGCGCUGAGCUGUUUGAAGGUUUCUGCAGAAAAACACUGGAGCAAUGAGUCGCAUCCUCCAUCCACAGGUGUUGACCAUCUGGAUUACGCUAAUCUCCAGGGCAACAGCUGACCUGACCUGCGACGCUCUGCUCCUGCUCUCCACAAAUUUUACAGCUCGCACUUUGAUCCUGUGGAAUCAGACGUCUAGUCCCACCAACACUACAGGUUUGUUCUGUAACACUUCGAUUGAUGGCAUUGGGACAUGCUGGCCCAGGAGCAGUGCAGGAGAAGUGGUGUCCCGCCCCUGUCCGGAGACCUUCCUCGGAGUCCGAUACAACACCACCAAUAACGUGUACAGAGAAUGUCUCGCCAAUGGCACCUGGGCAAAGAAGGGAAACUACUCCCAAUGUCAGGAAAUCCUCAACGAGGAGAAGAAGAGCAAGCUGCAUUACCACAUUGCAGUCAUCAUAAACUACUUGGGACACUGUAUCUCUCUGGGAGCCCUGCUGGUCGCCUUCAUCCUCUUCAUGAGACUCAGGAGUAUCCGGUGUCUGAGAAAUAUCAUCCACUGGAACCUGAUUACGGCAUUUAUCCUGCGAAAUGCCACCUGGUUCGUAGUGCAGCUCACCAUGAACCCAGAGGUGCAUGAGAGCAAUGUGAUCUGGUGCAGGCUGGUCACAGCAGCAUAUAAUUAUUUCCAUGUGACCAACUUCUUCUGGAUGUUUGGAGAGGGCUGCUAUCUGCACACAGCCAUAGUACUGACAUACUCCACAGACAAACUGAGGAAAUGGAUGUUCAUCUGUAUAGGCUGGUGUAUUCCAUUUCCCAUCAUUGUAGCUUGGGCCAUUGGCAAGCUGUACUAUGACAAUGAAAAGUGCUGGUUUGGGAAGCGGGCCGGCAUUUAUACUGAUUAUAUUUAUCAGGGUCCCAUGAUCCUAGUCCUACUGAUUAACUUCAUUUUUCUCUUCAACAUUGUGAGGAUCCUGAUGACUAAACUGAGGGCCUCCACCACGUCAGAGACCAUUCAGUACAGAAAAGCAGUAAAGGCCACACUGGUUCUUCUGCCGCUGCUGGGCAUCACAUACAUGCUGUUCUUCGUCAACCCUGGCGAGGAUGAGAUCUCACAGAUUGUCUUCAUUUACUUCAACUCUUUCCUAGAGUCCUUUCAGGGCUUUUUUGUGUCAGUCUUCUACUGCUUUUUGAACAGUGAGGUACGCUCAGCCGUUCGUAAGCGGUGGCAUCGCUGGCAGGAUAAGCACUCCAUUCGGGCGCGGGUGGCACGGGCCAUGUCUAUUCCCACCUCUCCAACGCGGGUCAGUUUCCACAGCAUCAAGCAGUCGUCGGCCCUCUGACCAUAGCAGAAAUGAAGCAUCCGUCCCUGUUUCUUCUGUUCCUGCUCUUUCCGUCCUCAGCUAACCAUCCACAUCCUCUGCAAAACCCAGGGAUUACAGCUAUGGGCCAAACAGGGUAUGAUCCUCAGCUGAAACAUAGAUGAAGGGUGGAAAUGUACACAGAUAAUGAGGUCCACCUGCCAAACACAGAGGAAAAAACUGUUUUCGAAACAGAUUAGAGCAUCGGUGGUCUCAGACAGUGAUGGGAGAUUGUGGGAGGAACCUGAUAUACACACAAAAAAAAGCUGAUAAAUACUGGCAGAGUGUAUUUAUUCAAUAGACAGAGUUAUAUGUCACAUCCUCUCCUCCUGAUCUUGAGUCUUCUCUGAUUGGAGAGCUCAGUUUAUUCCUAACUUGUUUCCAGAACCAUCGGAGUAGGAUAAUAUGGAAUAUACACUACAUGGCCAAAAGUGUUGCGAUUGUGAGGCAUACAUGUGUCUGAAUGGGAUCAAAUCCAACCUUCCCAGAAGAGUGGAAGCUUUUAAGGAGGAUAAACUCCUUAUUAAUGCCAACAUUUUGGAAUUAAUUGCUCAGAAAUCACACAUGGUUCGGUGUUCAUGUGUCCACAAACUUUUGGCCAUAUAGUGCAAUAGCUUUAGGAGUUUGAAAACAAAACAACAUAAUCAGAGGAAAGUAAGAACAGCAGUUUUCCAAUUGGAAAACAAUAUCUUUGACAGAUCUCAAUGUGAACUUUCAUUGUUGCUAUUGAAUCUUUGGACUGGAUACAUUGGGGACAAAUGCAUGGCAUUUCUCCGAGAUGUUCAGAUUGUGACCCUCUUUCUUAUUCUUCACCCGCUGCUCUUCAUUGCCCACGUCGUUGCAGCUAGUAAUAGUUCCCUGUGAUUUUCAUUCAUUUCUGUGAGCAAACUCAUUCAACAUGGACCUUUCGCUUUGAUAAGAUGAGUAUUUCUGCAUAUAUCAUGCAGUGCAAGUGCGAAAAUUGUAAACAGUUUUUUACAAAGAUGAAAGGUACGUAUUAAUGCUCUCUAAGCCUGUUCGCAUCCUGGGACUCAAGGAUAUAUCUAAACCCCGGGGAAAAGGAGGAAGGAAGCUUGCAGGAAAGGGAACAACAUCAUGAAAGACUCUCAUGCCUGCUAAGGUAGAAGACGGUACGCUCCGAUACUAAACACAUAACACAAUCUUUUAAAUAAGGGGUUUAUCACAGAACAAAGAAAGGAUUUUGAUUUUAUCCUGUUUUUGGAGCCUCAGCAAAGCGGGCGAUUGAAUGUAUUUCAAUUAACCACUCCAGCUCUCCUUUCCAUGCACGGUUUUGGAUAAAUUCCCAGUUAUCGAGCAGUUUUAUGAGAUUAUCGUAGUACAAAAUGCUUGAGAAGUUGGAUUCUGGAGACUCCUCCACAAAAAGACUAAUUCUAAUCACACGUGACUGAAAGUUGAGGGUGGUUUUGUUGCCCAAAAGCCUUAUAGGGAUAGUUCACCUGAAAAUGACAAUUCUGUCAUCAUUUACUCAGCCUCAUGUUGAUCCAAACCUGUAUGACUUUAUUUCUUCCAGCAAACACAAAAGGAGAAAUUUUAAAGAAUGUACACCACCGUUCAACAGUUUUUUUUGUUUGUUUUGUUUUGUUUUAUUUGGUUUUAUUUGGUUUUUUUGUUUGUUUUUGUUUUUGUUUUUGUUUUUUUGUUUUUUCAAAAACUCAAUAUUUUUAAUAAGUAAGAAGUCAAGGACACAUUAAGUUGUUCAACAGUGGCUGCAUCUUUUUAUGAAACUUGAUUUUAAAAAAAGUUUCACGGUUCAGCAAAAAUAUUAAGCAGCACAACUAUGUUGUUAACAUUGAUAUGUUUUUAACAUUGAUAAUAAUAAGAAAUGCAGCAGCAAAUCAGCAUAUUUGCAUAAUUUCUGGAAGAUCAUGUGACACUGAACACUGGAGUAAUGAUGCUGAAAAUUCAGCUUUGCAUAACAGAAAUAAAUUACAUUUUAAAAUGUAUUAACACAGAUAACAGUUGUUUUAUUUAUUUAUUUUUAUUUAUUUUUGUAUAUUUUUUUAUUUUUGUAAUUUGUAAUCAUUUGAUCAUUUUAUUGAUGUUAAAUUUAUUUUUAUUUUAUUGAUGAUAAAUUCCGUCUUGGCAAGCAUUAGAGGCUUCUUUCAAAGCAUUAAAUAUUUUUGAACAGUAGUGUAGCUGGAUGCUUUAAUAAUCUUUCACUUCAGCUAUUCACUUGAGAACCACAACAAAUCACUGAAUCAAUGAGUUGAACUGAAUCAGUUUGACUUGUGAAUGAGUCUUUCAUUCACAAACUGGUUUUGUGCACUUGGUCAGCUGACUGACUGAAAAGAUUUGACUGAAAAAUUAUCUGUUCACUAAUGUGAACAAGCUGGUAUUAAAUUCCAAUGGGUUCAGAACAUCAUGAGGGUGAGUAAAUGAUGACAAUUUUCAUUUAGGGUAAACUAUCCUAUUUUAAAAUGUCAGUUAUUUAUAUGAAACAAGGUGCAUUUCAACAUUUACAUUUCUACUGGUGUUACACAUGUGGGCAGAAAUUUACAGACAGCAGGGAAGUCACCGUCAUUUGUGGACCAUUUUUUUUUCUAGUUUCUCUGGAAAGCUGUUCUGUGGGAAGGUAAAUUUGAAAAACUGAUGUAUAGUGUGCUUUUGUAUUUUCUAGGACCAGCUUCUUCAAUUCAAAUCCCAACAGAAUCAGGCCAGAAGAAUCACCUCAGCAAAAUCUGCUCCUAUAUCAUUAGAGUCAAGAGAGAUCUGCAUGCAUCAAAUAGGGUCAUUUAACGUCCAUCCAUGUGGUAAAACCCUCGCUAAGCUGAGCCACCAAUGACCGAGUCCUGUGACCGCUCACUGCUGACUCAGCACAGUGAAGCAGAUUUGUGCUCAUACAUCCAAUCAAUCACAUCUGAUAGGGAGAGCAAGGUUGUAUAAAAAAGAAAAAGAAAAAAAACUGACUCAGGACCUUCAUCUAUGCCUCUGUGCUCUUCUGACCUUCCUGAAGUACUUGUACGAGAAUCAUUUGUAAAGGCUUCAGCAGAUUCCACAUUCAGCCAUGCUUGUUGUGUACGUGUCCAGUAGCACCAUAUAUACGAGUUAGACAUCUAGUUGUGUAUAUAUAGGAUGACUAGCAUUGUGAAGUUUGCUAAUUACCAUAUAGCAUUGUGCAUACCUGACAAACCGAGGACCAAGCUCGUGUCACUGCUAGUAAACGGAAGGUUCGUUUUAGUGUCGCUACUAAGUUUAGGACUAAGGCUUUGUUUGUUUUUUAAAUCUAUUUUUAGGCUGUGAACAGUCUUUUUGCAGUGAAAUCUGAUCCGUUUGUUCUGACAAUGUAGAAAAUAUCUGGAUGGCAGCAACUGAAGGUUGAAAGUUUGCCUUCGCUCACGUCUGUCAUGACAUCUUGCCACUGUGCUGAAAACAUUAGUGAUGGACAAUUUGGCCAUUCAUGCAUAUUCUGUGUAUAAACCUACCUGUUUGUUCACUGUUCGCUACAUAGUGAAAGCUUUUAUAGUUCACUAUGAGAAAAAAGUCAUUGGACAGUCAACAUAGUCCAAACCCUUUUUUGAUUCUUACGUCAUGAGAUGUUGUUUUGAUUUCAUGGUGACUUUAAAAUCUAUUGAAAUAGAAAAAAGUUUAAAUUGUUAUAACAUUUCACAAUAUCACUGUCUUAAAAACAUCUCACUGACCCCAAACUUUUAACAGUAGUGUGUAUGUAAUAUCUGAAAUCUGAUCUAAUCUUUUAGACUGAGGUUUAAAUGAUUUCAAACCACAUAUGGAUGUUGUGUUCGUCUGUGGUUACUUAUUUUUAAAGCCUGUUAAAUGGCCUGUCAAAGUUUAUCUCAAAUUGCAGCAGCAAAGGAAGAUCAAAUUACAAAAACUAAAAAGAAUCAUCCCAUCGAUUUACUGGCACGCCACAAAAUUUUCAGAAAAGCCACAGCAAAAUACACUGAUGGACAAGAAUAUAUUAGAGGAUAAUGUACAGUUAGCCGGUCAUUAAAGGGAUUAUUUUGAGAUAACGAUCAUCUGACUGUACAUUAUUCCACUUAUUAGACUGCUGCUUAUCAUUUAAAUGCAUAAAUGGAUAUGAAAUAUUGAUAUGAGUUGAAAUUAUUUGAUUAUGUUAGAAGCGUCUGUGGAGGUUUUCAGGGACGAUGGUUUAACAUGCAAUUUAGUGGUCAGUCUGACCGCGAUUGUCCAGUCAGAGACUCAUGUAUUCCAGAAAACUGUGUAAUGAAAAUCGAGAAACUAAAAAUAGCUGGAUGCUGAAUAGCAGAACUCCACAGACAGUGAUGGAUGUGAUGUAGACAGAAAUGAGAGAAGCUUAGGUUACUAUUUAUAUGUCGAACAGAUAUGUUUGCUGGUGCGUGUGGAAUCAUGUCACCUGAGGGAUCUGAUUUAGCAUCAUGGGCCUGAAGACUUUCACAGCACUGCUCAGAUACACUCCAUCAGACUUUGCCUCACUAUUUAUAGCACUUUAAUAGUAAACAGCUCAAAUGUUCACUUUGAAUUUAAACCUGUGGGGCUACUAGCAAAAAGGCCAUCUAGUAGAGACACAAAGGUACAGUCUAUACAACGUUAAAUAAUAUAACAAUAUAUUCUCCUGAAGAGCUAAAUUAGUGACAUAUUUAGUGAAUUAGGUGUUAGUUAGAACCAUAUGCUAGUGCUUGCAGUGUCUAACAGUACCUAAACCUUUCAUGUACCACAUAAAACAUAAUCCAGUGUCACAUAUAUUAUGUCACGGGGGCGGAGCAAAGCGACAGACACAGUGGGUGUGACGUCAGGCCUCGGAGAGGCUUUUAUUAAACAAAACAGAAAGUGUCCAAAAAGGGGGAAAAAGUGUCCAAAAGAAAAAGGGGGGUCUGGUGUCCUCGAUGUGAUGGGGUUCCGUGAAGGAGGGGUAGUGUUCCGAAGGGAAGGGUCCAGGUAAGGGGCGGAGUCCGGCGGCCGCACGCGCUCCCCACUCAGGUCCGGGGUGCGAGGGGCGGCGGCUUCUCUAGCGGCAUCGUCCUCCUCCACCUACGUGGCGCUUCUGGGGGAUAUCACGGCCCGGCAUCUUGGCCCGUCAGCCGUCACGGGUGCGGUCCUCAUCCGAACCCGCGGGGUCCGGCAACUCGUCCUGCGGCGCUGGUUCCCUCUUCACCCCUUCCUGGACCCACGAGGACACCAGCGUGCAUGCACGGGGAAGAGACCGGUCUCCUGAGGAGAGGCGCGCUCGGCAUUUUAACAGCGGCGGUGAUGAGGCUUCAUUCACAUCAGGUGUGCCCCAUCACACGCCGCCAGACCUGGAUGUUUCAGCGCCCCUCCUCCUCCCACACGCCCACUCCCGUCGGGAGCCUGGUGAAGGGCGGCGAUUACCGACGGGGUGCAGCUGACAAUAAGGGGGGAGGCAGUCGACUCGUCACAAUUAGUUACAAAUCAUUAAUCAAUCACUUCUAGAAAGUAGCGCCACCAUUUUAGUACAUUCAGUGGCAUUCGAUACAAAUUAAUAAUUUCAGUGCACUCUUAAAAAUAAAUGUUCCUUAUUGGCAUCUGUGGUUCCAUAAAGAACCUUUAACAUCCAUGGAAUCUUUCCAUUUCACAAAAGGUUCUGUUCCUCAGACUAUGUUCACUUAAAGGUUCUUUUGUGAACCCAAAAAGGUUCUUUAUAGCAAUGCUAUGAAAACCCACCUUAAGGACCUUUAUGUUUAAGAGUGUAAUAUGCACUUUCUCAGAAAUGGAUGUAUUCUAUCAGGCUGUUCUUUAAAGUUGAAGUGUGUAAAUGUGUCCUAUUUUAAUAUGCAGACAACCGUAUGUAAGCCUUUCGUAGUUUGACUUCUCUAAAAAAAAAAAAGUGUAACACUAUGACUCUGUGAACAUUUUUCUGUUUGCUUGAGCAGAUUUGAUUCAACCAAUGCAUUUCAGGUGUGACUGCCUGGUGUGCUGUUAGUUUUCUAGAUGACCAGAUUCUUGAUUUUCUCUCGGCAAGCGAUAAAAUGAGUGGAAAAAACCUGUAGACUGAGAUUAAAGGAGGUGCCCAAGCCGUAUCUCUUUCGACUUGGUCCAGUAAGCAACAAUCUAGCAUCCACCCAGAACUCACGUAACAUUGUGUUUAAAGGAAUAGUUCACCCACAAAUGAAAAUUUGCUGAAAAUGUACUCACACUAAGGCCAUCCGAAAUGUAGAUAAGUUUGUUUCUACAUAAGAACAGAUUUGGAGAAAUUUAGCAUUACAUCACUUACUCACCAAUGGAUCCUUUGCAGUGAAUGGGUGCCGUCAGAAUGAGAGUUCAAACAGCUGAUAAAAACAUCACAAUAAUCCACAAUAAUCGACUUCAGUCCAUCAAUUAACAUCUUGUGAAGUCAAAAGCUGCAUUUUUAUAAACGACUAAUUCAUCAUUGAUGCAUUUUAAUGGCAAACCAUUGCUUCUGUUCAAAAUAUGAGUCAAAUAAUCCAUAAAAUGAAUGAAUUAUUCCUUUAAAUCACUCAGAUCCACUAGGGCCACAUAAAUGGCACACUUCAGCUUUAAAACACAAACGAUAAUAGUGAUUUUUGGAUUGUGUGGAUUGUGUGUAGUACUAAUACUUUGAUUUGUAUCACUUUUCCCUAUGGCUUUUGUUUGUGGGUCAUGUGACCUCCAGACAGCAGUCGGCAUUCCAAAGCAAACUACCAUUUUCCAUACCCUCCAACAUGUGCGAUAUUCCAAAGUACGGCAUACACAGUGUGCUUCUCCAACGUGCCUCAAAGAAGGCCUGAAAACACAGUCUCUGCUUAUGACUUAUCAUUUCAUCUUUGCACAUAACUCACAUACCUUCUUCUAUUCAAAGAUUAAAAUGUUCAGACUCACCAUUCUUGGUAAGGUCAGUGUCUGUAUCAGAUCUUUUGGCCGCCAGCCCUCAGUUGCAAUUGUACAUUUGCAGUAUUAGUUCAGUCAUUUCUAUUAGUGUUGUCAUUUCUAUGUUGGUGAGCCCUUGCUUAAUUUUCUGUAUCUGUGAGAAGCAACACUGGUGUCUGUGUUUGUUUCUGUUUCUUUAUUCACUGAAAAUCAUUUUCUUUGUCACUGUUUUAGUCUUGUUUUCUGGUCUUAAAGUCUUUAAUACAUUUAAAACAUAAAUUUACUUGAGAAAGUUAAAUUUAUCUUUUUUUUUAAACUGUGUUUUUUGUUUUUUGUUUUUUUUUUACUGGAAAAACAACACAAAAAUACUGAUUCAGAAAAAGUUUAUUUUCUCUUUUUUUAUAGAGGUUGUGAAGAAGUUCUUCCAAAGUUGUGAAAUGUACAGAAGGUCUGAACAAGUACAAGCUGUGUAGCUGUAUUUGUAACAACGAUGUCAAUAUGUGAUCUUUUUUUCGGGUAUUUCUGUUGUGUUUAGUCGCUGAUGUGAAAGUGUACAAAGAAAAAUUUAUUUAUUUAUACAUGUAUGGCACAGAAAAAAAAAAUCUAUAUAUUUAUCUCACUAUUUAAAUAGGUCAGAAACACGAGCCAACACGUGACUCAUAUCAGUAUAUCCAUAACAUUAAUGUCCAGAAUGUGUGAAAACGAUGUAAUCUUGUAUGUCUUGCUUUUUGUGGUUCUGUGAGACAAUCUUUGCCAUCAUUUCUGUCAUUUUCUGCAGUGCUUCAAGAACAUUCUAUUUAUUACUUUUGCUCAUUUGUUCCUCUGUUUAUGACUGAUUUGAUGUUUGAGAGAAUUUAGGAACUGUACAGAAAUUUAUAUUAAAUCAACUACACAAAGAGUAAAGUCAUAUGUUGAAGGCAUAUAGUACUGUGCUGAUCAAGAUGUGCAUUAAAUUGUUCUCUUUUCUAAACAUU